CGAGUGGAGGGGGGAGGGGCGACAAGAGGAUGGCGACGGUUGGCCGGUUAGGCUGUGAAUGGACAGCAGGCGGCAGAGCGAAGUGACGGAAGUGAAAUGAGAACAGGAGUAGAUGGCGGGAAAGAUGAUGUAGAGGUGAAAUAAGAUAAAAACAAAGCGGAAAAGGAGAACAACAAGCAGAGUGAAAGUAAACCUGUAAUGUGGAGGAAACGGACAGUGAGCGCAGUGUAACCCUGACAACGAGACACGAGGACGGAUUUAAAGUGAUCAUAAAAUCGUCUCCAGACGGUUGUUGUUCGUCCAGUAGGCGGGAUUAAUGCACCUGUAAGCUGAUUUGUCAAACGCCAUCAAGCCCUGAAGAAGAACGGAGGAGGACAGCACUACUGUGGUAGAGGAGCGGUGUGUGUGCAGACAUGGCUGCUGUUGGUGAAGCGAACUGAACUUAGAGGAGAGACACAAACUAAAGUAUAGAUCCACUCACGUCAGUGUGGAUCUGACACUAACGUCUGUAUCGCUUCAUCGAUGCUUGUAUCAAUCCCUCCAGCCUGAGUUGAAGCAGCAAUGAGUUCAGUUCAGUAUCUGAGAGAGUUCAUCAAGGAGAGACUAACUGCUGUUUGUGAAGAAAUCUUCUCAGAGGUUCAAAAAACCAUCGUCCAGUAUGAGGAGGAGAUCAACCGUCAGCACAGACUGCUGGAUAUCAGCCGGAAACCCGACAGAAACUCACACAUCAUAGAUCUACCACAACAUCAUGACUGUAAGGAAGAGGAGGGUCUGGAUGAGCAGCAGGUCUGUAACCAGGAGAGGAACUCCAGUGUGGACCAGGAGGACCCAGAGCCUCCACAGAUUAAAGAGGAACAGGAGGAACCCUGCAGCAGUCAGGAGGGAGAGCAGCUUGGACUGAAGCAGGAGGCUGAAGGCAUUAUCGUCUGGACUGAUGAAGAGCAGCUCAGACUGAUGGAGACCAUCCGGAAACCUGUGAUAAAGUUACACAGAAUAGAUGUCCAACAGCAGCAUGCUUUUGAGGAAGAGGAGAUUUUUACCGACCAGCAGGUCUGUAACCAGGAGAGGAACUCCAGUCUGGACCAGAAGGACCCAGAGCCUCCACAGAUUAAAGAGGAACAGGAGGGAGAGCAGCUUGGACUGAAGCAGGAGGCUCAUGUCUUCAUGGUGACACCCGCUUACGAGGAAAGUUCCCACAGUGAACCAGAACCAAACAGUGAGCAGCUCCUUCCUCACAGCUCUCCGGAAGCAGAGAGCCGAGAUCAUGAAGGAAAUCAGCAUGUGCACUCAGGAUCUACUAGAAUUGCAGAGCAGAAGAAGAGACACAGAAAGAGAAGUCGCAGUCAGAGAGUAGACAACACUCCUGUGUCAGCGGGUCAAAGUAGAAAGGACACAAAGAACAAGUAUGUACAAUGUGACGUGUGUGGAAAAACUUUGCAGAAUAAAUACAUGACUACACAUCUAAGACUUCACACAGGUGAGAAGCCGUAUUCUUGUAGCAUAUGUGGGAAAAGAUUUGCUGACCCGUCAGCGUUCAGAAUACACAAGAGAAUUCACACAGGUGAGAAACCGUAUUCCUGUAGCACAUGUGGGAAAAGACUUGCUCACUCAUCAGGGCUCAUAAAACACACGAGAAUUCACACAGGUGAGAAGCCGUAUUCCUGUAGCAUAUGUGGGAAAAGAUUUGCUGACCCAUCAGUGUUCAAAAAACACACGAGAAUUCACACAGGUGAGAAGCCGUAUUCUUGUAGCACAUGUGGGAAAAGAUUUGUUACCUCAUCAGCGUUCAAAACACACACAAGAAUUCACACAGGUGAGAAACCGUAUUCUUGUAGCACCUGUGGGAAAAGACUUGCUGCCUCAUCAGCAUUCAAAACACACACAAGAAUUCACACAGGUGAGAAACCGUAUUUUUGUAGCACCUGUGGGAAAAGAUUUGUUACCUCAUCAGCGUUCAAAACACACACAAGAAUUCACACAGGUGAGAAGCCGUAUUCUUGUAGCACAUGUGGGAAAAGAUUUGCUGCCUCAUCAGCGUUCAAAACACACACAAGAAUUCACACAGGUGAGAAACCGUAUUCUUGUAGCACCUGUGGGAAAAGACUUGCUCACUCAUCAGGGCUCAUAAAACACAUGAGAAUUCACACAGGUGAGAAACCAUAUUCUUGUAGCACCUGUGGGAAAAGAUUUGCCCAGAGGAUACACUUAAAGAAGCACAUGAGAAUUCAUACUGGUUAAAAUGUUCAUACUUAUAAAAUGUGGGGAAACCGUGAGUCAUUGGUGAACACCUGAGAUGAUCCAUAUUAAAGUCAGUAUUUUAGAUCCAAAACAGUAAAGACAUCUCGGGGUUGUUUGUUCAGUUUAUUACCAUAUUCUUUUAUUUACAAGAAAACUUUAAGAUUAAAGUUACACUUUAAUCUUACACUUGUUAAGCAGAACAGUAUGCUCCUGUUCUGCUGGUUCAUUGUUAAAUUUAAUUCAUUGUUUAAAUUUAAUUCAUUGUUAAAUUCCAUUGAUUUAAGUGUUGUUCAUGUGUUUUUAGGGUUUAUUAAGAUUUUAAGAUUUUUGUCUUACAAAGAUGUAAUCUCAAAUGUGUGAAAGCAGCAUAACAGAGUGUUCUGCCUUAUUUUACACAAGUUUUUCUUUGUUUCUGACAGUGGUGUUCUAUCAGGACAAGCUUGCACUGUCAAAUUUAAAACAAUACUGAUAAAUUAAAAUGUGCCAAAAUAAA